AUGCAACAAGGCAACUACAUGACAAGGCGACAACUAGACAAGGCAAGAAAGGAGGUGACAAGGCAAGAAGAGGACAAGGGAAGAAAGCAAAAAUGGGAAACUAAGGAAGUAAAAAAACAACUAGACAAGGCAGAAGCGGACAAGGUGACAAGCCAAAGCGUGAAAACAAAGGGCCAAAGCGACAUUAUGUUCACCGUCGAUUGCCCCAAAAGCGCCUCCUUCCCAAAGCUCUCAAAGCACAAAUGUACGGUCCUGGGACCGCCAGUGGCAUCGGGCUGUAACUUCCAACAUGAAGUUGAGAAGGACAAGGCAAACAAGGCAACAAGGGAAGAAGACAAGAAGACAAGAGCUGGACUCGGGAAGAAGCAAAAAAAGGUUUGGAACUGUGGAACUGUGGAACUUGGUGAGGGACAGGAGAAGGGGACAAGGGGACAAGGGGACAAGUAG